GCCAGGCCCGAAGCCGAGGCGGGACUGGGCCGCCCCCGCCGCGCCCGCCCUCCCUCCUGGGAUGCCGUGCUGAAGCCCAGCAUGGCGGGCCCGGGCCCCACCUACCCGCUGCACCGACUCGUCUGGGCGAACCGGCACCGCGAACUGGAGGCCGCGCUCCACAGCCGCCAGCACGACAUUGAACAGGAGGACCCCCGGGGGCGCACUCCCCUGGAGCUGGCUGUGUCCCUGGGGAACCUGGAGUCCGUGAGAGUGCUCCUUCGACACAAUGCCAAUGUGGGCAAAGAGAGCUGCCAGGGCUGGGCAGUCCUGCAGGAGGCAGUCAGCACUGGGGACCCAGAGAUGGUACAGCUGGUGCUCCAGUAUCGGGACUACCAGAGGGCCACGCAGAGGCUGGCGGGCAUUCCAGAAUUGCUCAACAAACUCCGCCAGGUACAGCCGGGUGCAGAGGCCCCCGAUUUCUACGUGGAGAUGAAGUGGGAGUUCACCAGCUGGGUGCCCCUUGUGUCUAAGAUGUGCCCAAGUGACGUGUACCGAGUGUGGAAGCGGGGCGAGAGCCUGCGGGUGGACACCAGUCUCCUGGGCUUCGAGCACAUGACCUGGCAGCGCGGCCGGAGGAGCUUUAUCUUCAAGGGCCAGGAGGCAGGAGCCUUGGUGAUGGAGGUGGACCAUGACCGGCAGGUGGUGCACACCGAGUCGCUGGGGCUCGCCCUGCACGAGCCGGAAGCGCUGCUGGCGGCCAUGCGGCCCAGCGAGGAGCACGUGGCCAGCCGUCUCACGUCUCCUAUCGUCUCCACCCACCUGGACACUCGAAAUGUGGCCUUCGAGAGGAACAAAUGUGGGAUCUGGGGCUGGCGGUCCGAGAAGAUGGAAACCGUUAGCGGCUACGAGGCCAAGGUAUACAGUGCCACCAACGUGGAGCUGGUGACACGCACUCGCACGGAGCACCUCUCUGACCAGGACAAGUCGAGGAGCAAAGGCGGGAAGACUCCGUUCCAGUCCUUUCUCGGGAUGGCCCAGCAGCACUCCUCCCACAGCGGGACUCCUGUGCAGCAGGCCGCCAGCCCCACCAACCCCACAGCCAUCUCCCCCAGCGAAUACUUUGACCCCAACUUCAGCCUGGAGUCAAGGAACAUCGGCCGCCCCAUCGAGAUGUCCAGCAAAGUUCAGAGGUUCAAGGCAACGCUGUGGCUGAGCGAGGAGCACCCACUGUCCCUGGGUGACCAGGUGACGCCCAUCAUUGACCUGAUGGCUAUCAGCAACGCGCACUUUGCCAAGCUGCGGGACUUCAUCACCCUGCGCCUCCCCCCCGGCUUCCCGGUCAAGAUUGGUGAGGGGCGGUCUGGGGCGGCUCCCGGGCGUGGCGCCGGCCUCUGGCUCAGGCUCCGCUGUCUCCUCACAGAGAUCCCCCUUUUCCAUGUGCUCAACGCCCGCAUCACCUUCAGCAACCUGUGCGGCUGCGAGGAGCCCCUGAGCUCCGUGUGGGUGCCGGCCCCCGGCUCCGGCUCUGCUGUCACCGCUCCAGGGAGCCCCUUCCCGUGUGAGGUGGACCCCGCCGUGUUUGAGGUGCCCGCGGGGUACAGUGUGCUGGGCGCGGAGCGCAGCGAGCCCCUUCGCGACGAGGAUGACGACCUGCUCCAGUUCGCCAUCCGGCAGAGCCUGCUGGAGGCGGGCACCGAGGGGGAGCAGGUGACUGUCUGGGAGGCCCUGAGCGACACGCGGCCCGGCACCCACCCUCCUCCCCAGGCCACCGCAUACGAGGAGCAGCUGCAGCUGGAGCGGGCCCUCCAGGAAAGCCUGCGGAUGUCCACAGAGCCCAGCGACCCCGAGUCCCCUCACAGGACCCCCCCGGCCCCGGCCCCCCCGAGCUUUGAGGAGCAGCUUCGCCUGGCCCUGGAGCUGUCUUCGAGGGAGCAGGAGGAGCGGGAGCGGCGGGGGCAGCAGGAGGAGGAGGACUUACAGAGGACCCUGCGGCUCUCGCUCACAGAGCACUGAGUGCCCAGCCCCCCGGGGGGUUGUCUGGGCUGCUCCCCCACCUGCUUUUAUAACUUAUUUAUUUAUAAACUCUCUGCUGCUAAGCUGGGGGCCUGGAGCCCUGGGAUGGGCUUGUGUUGAGACCAAGGUGGAAAUAAAGAGACUUUCAGCAGCA